AGUAACUGUCAGUGUCAGAAGUUUUUAUCAAUUUUUUAAUAUUGUAGUGUUUUUAAUAUUUUUGUAUUAAAAAAGUAUUCAAUUUAGAUAUGGGUUUAUCUAGACAAGAAGUAAAUUUAAGAAGAUUGUUAGCAAAAUGUGAAUUAAUGUGUAAGACUAAAAAAGAGGACGAUAAAAUAGAAAAAUAUGUAGAAACAUUGGAAGAUAUGUUACAAGAAGUAAAAAAGCUGACUGAUUCUAGUGAGAGUAUACAGAGUUACAAUAAGAGAAUCAAAGAUAUUAAAGCAGCUGUAGGAAUAACCAAAAAUAAAUAUAUUGAUGAAAAUGACAUAGCAUCUAUGAGGAACGAUCUUCUAGGUUUAAGGCAAAGAUUUGUUGAUAAAGCUGAAACUACCAAGGCAGAUGAUUUUGACCAGGUUAUAGAAUUCCAUGAAAAUAUGCAAAGGAAAAUUACAGAAGACAUGUUACACUUAACUAAAACAUUAAAGGAGCAGUCUGAGACAGCUAAUAAGAUUAUUAAAAAAGACACUGAAGUAGUUUCCAAGUCUUCAGAACUAACAGACAAGAACUUUGAUAAGUUAUCAGUAGAAUCUUCAAAAUUAGCUGAACAUUCCAAAAGAGCUUGGAAGUGCUGGAUGUGGAUAAUGCUGGCUUUGGUUGUCGCAGUUUUUAUAAAUAUGGUGCUGUUUAUGAAGGUUAUGAAGAAAAAGUACUGAACCAGGAAUUGUUUGUUGUUAUUAUUUAUUUACAUAUUUUUAAUAAAUUAUUAAACUUU